AUGACACGACCACCACCACGAGAUACUGAGUCUGAGGAGGAGGAGGAUCGCAUGGAAUACGUGUCACGGGAUCAAUUUAAGGAUUUCCAAACUCAACUGCAGCCUCAACUACAGAGUCAAAUGCAAACUCAAAUGCAGCAAAUAAUGGAGCUAAUUCAACGCAGUCAAUCGCCAUUUAAAAAGCAGGCGCCAUUCCAGUAUGGAACACGUUUGGGGGAUGAAGGGUAUGCCGCCCUUACUUUCGAUCCCCAAACGGUCGGGGAGAGUACCAGCCAGUCUCGGCUCUUGGAGAAUCCGAAAAUGAAGAAUGAAGAUGCUCUCGCCGGAUUAGUCUACCUUUUCCUGGUGCUCAUCUGCCAAGGCGGCUCACAAUCCUUUGGCAUAGCCUCCUACGACGGUCCAGUGGUGGGAGUCGCUUCCGUGACGGGAUACUAUCGCGACCAGGAGACCGACAUGUGA